AUGAGUACUUUGCAUAAUUACGUUGUACCAUCCUCGAGAAGUUUAUUAAACAUCUUGUUCAGAUCAAAUUAUUACCAUAACGAAAAGAUGUAUUCUUAUUCAACAGACGCGAAGAGCGAAGCUAAAAGAAUUGUAUGGAUGGACUUAGAAAUGACAGGUUUAGAUAUAAAUAAAGAUCAUAUCUUAGAAAUAGCAUGCCUAGUAACUGAUGCAAAUCUAAAUUUGAUAGCUACGGGUCCUAACAUAAUAAUACACCAACCUGAUGAAAUUCUUAGUAAUAUGAACGAUUGGUGCAUUGCUCAACAUGGCGAGACUGGAUUGACAGAAGCUAGUCGUAAAUCAAAUAUCACAGUGGCAAAUGCUGAGAAACAAAUUCUGAAAUUUGUUAAAUCUCAUGUUCCUGAAAAAAAAUGUCCUCUUGGGGGAAACAGUGUUUAUAUGGAUAGAUUGUUUUUAAGAAAAUAUAUGCCAGCUUUAGAUGCAUAUUUACAUUACAGAAUAAUUGAUGUAAGCACUAUAAAGGAACUAGCUAAACGUUGGUAUCAAAAAGAAUUUUCUAAAAUACCACAAAAAGAGUUUCAACAUAGAUGUUUGAAAGACAUUGAAGAAAGUAUAGCAGAAUUAAAGUAUUAUAAAGAAAAUAUAUUUAAGCAA